GAAGAGGGAGAGGAAGAGGAAGAGGAAGAAGGAACCACAGGUUCGAGUUUGACCAUGGAGAGGGUUGCUGUAGCUAAGGAAUUCAUUGAAAACCAUUACAAGGCUCAUAUGAAACAUAUCCAAGAUCGCAAAGAAAGGCGUUUAGUACUAGAAAAGAAGCUAGCAUCUUCUCAUGUACCAGAAGAGGAACAAAUCAAUCUAUUAAAAGAUUUAGAGCGAAAGGAGACGGAGUAUAUCCGAUUAAAAAGAAACAAAAUAUGUGUUGAUGAUUUUGACCUUCUAACAAUUAUUGGCAGAGGAGCCUUUGGCGAGGUAAGACUCUGUCGGGAGAAGAAAUCAGGUCACAUAUAUGCCAUGAAAAAGUUGAAGAAGUCUGAAAUGCUCCGUAGGGGACAGGUUGAGCAUGUUAGAGCGGAAAGGAAUGUACUUGCAGAAGUUGCAAGUGAGUGCAUUGUGAAGCUCUAUUACUCUUUUCAAGAUGAUGAAUACUUAUAUCUUAUAAUGGAGUAUUUACCUGGUGGUGAUAUAAUGACUUUGCUUAUGAGAGAGGAAAUUUUGACCGAAACUAUGGCCAGAUUUUACAUUGCGCAAACUGUUUUGGCAAUAGAGUCUAUUCAUAAACACAAUUACAUUCAUCGAGACAUAAAACCUGAUAACCUUCUAUUGGACAAAAAUGGUCAUAUGAAGCUCUCUGAUUUUGGUCUUUGCAAGCCACUUGACUGUUCUAAUUUAUCAUCUAUAAAUGAAAAUGAAGUUCUGGAUGAUGAGAACUUGAAUGAUACCAUGGACAUUGAUGGAUCCAACCCAAAUAAAAGAAAUGGAAGGCGCUGGAAAAGUCCCCUUGAACAACUUCAACAUUGGCAAAUGAAUCGGAGGAAGUUGGCAUUUUCCAUGGUUGGUACUCCGGACUAUAUUUCUCCCGAGGUGCUACUAAAAAAAGGCUAUGGUGCAGAAUGUGACUGGUGGUCUCUUGGUGCUAUAUUGUAUGAGAUGCUUAUUGGUUAUCCUCCAUUUUAUUCUGAUGACCCUAUAACAACAUGUAGAAAGAUUGUGCAUUGGAAAAAUCACUUAAAAUUUCCAGUUGAGAUAAGGUUGAGUCCAGAAGCAAGAGAUCUAAUAUGUAGGUUACUUGUUGAUGCUCCACAAAGGCUUGGUACUAAUGGAGCGUAUGAAAUUAAAGCCCAUCCUUGGUUCAAAAAUGUUGAAUGGGAUAGGCUUUAUGAAAUGGAGGCAGCAUUUAUACCACAGGUCGAUGGAGAGCUUGACACUCAAAAUUUUAUGAAAUUUAAUGAGGUUGAAGCAGAACAACCAAAACCAACUAGAAGUGCAUCAGGACCGAUCAGAAAAUUGUUAACUCCUCAAGAUCUCAGUUUUGUUGGCUAUACAUAUAAAAAUUUUGCUGCUAUUAAGGGAACACGCCAUUCUAUUGAUAUGUUGUCUUUGUCAACCCCACAACGCACAUCAUCCAUUGACUCUACACAAAGUGAUUCUGCAAUUGACUAUUCCACAUAUCGCAUGGACGACGCGACCGCGCGCCUUAAGCAGAAUGCAUAC